AUCAAUUCUUCCGUAAAGAAACAUUUCUCCUUGUACUACACCUUAUAUCUGGAGGGGAGAAAACAUGGAAAGAAGAAGAAGAAGCAUGGUAGCGUUGCUUGGAUUAAUCCUGUUCCUCAAAUCUUCCGAUGCUGAAAAUAAUAACGGCAACGAUGGGCAUACGUUCUCUCAUCACCGACAAAAGAGGCUCUUUUGGAUAACUAACGAUGGCCGAAUAGCAUUACCACCCGGCACCAUAAUGACGAUAACUCCAACAUUGGCAUUACCGUUCGUCAGAUAUCCACCCUACGGUUUUCUCAGCAACAUGACAAUCAGCCUCCCUUUUACCAUCGAUUUUGAUAAACUUGGUUUAACCGACAAUGAGAACCCUUAUGGCGCUUUACCAUCGGCGUUCGAUGCAACUGCGAGAGAACAAGGAUCGUCGAACACGGCAGAAUUUAUCGCGACAUUCGUGAAGCGUGGACUUAGCAAGAGAGAAGCGAUCGCGGAUCUACCAAAGGAUGUACUUUACGGAGGUGAAAGGGCUCUUUUGUACGGUACCGCUGAGGAUAUGCUCGCAAAUUUCGGUUUAAACGGAAAGGCAUGUCUAUUAAGAGCAAUCUGUGAAGUGCAAGGACACCCCUUGAGCAAUUUCGGUCUGAUUGGAGAAAUGCUCAAGCUUUUCUUCACUGCUAGUAAAUCACCAUUUGCCAACCUCCUGGAAGAAUAUGUUGAAGCCGAAAAUAGAGGAAAGUUUCACGGAGAGUGUUGGCCUUACUACAAAGACUGUCCAAAAUCGCUAUUUCGUCCCUCGGAGAAUAAAUACACAAAAGAUGCGUUUCAUGAAAGUGUUGCUGCUACCAAGCCGAUUCGGAUGGAACAGAAAAAAAAUCGAUAUUUUCCUCCAAUCGAGUCUAUGGAUCGAACGAGAAGAGAGACUCAGUUUCCUCGAAAUGUGAAACGCAUGGUGCAUCCGUUUAUGUAGAUCAAAUCGCUCGGAGCUAGAUAAUAACUUCGCAGGUCGAAAAAAAUGUAUUAAUCAACUUCUGCGCGUUCUUUUCUUUGGAACAUUUUUCCACCCGCUAAAAGAUCAACUGUGAAAAGUAUUAACAAACCGCGUCAGCUCCUGGGAAGAUCAUUCAAACUCGAAGCUGGAAUGGAAAACUACUGCGCCUUCGACUUGAUGGA